AUGUGUUAUAGCGAUCAGAAAAUUUUAGCUUACAGCGAAAUGGCAGUUAAAACUUGUUUGCAUUUAAAGCUUAAAUUAAUUAAAUUAACCGCCUGUUUUGUCGGCUGAAGAUUUCUACCUCUCCAAGCUUAUCCAUCACUGAAGAUGCCCAGCUGACACUGACUGCCUCACUUCAAGCUCCACCAACAUGGCUUUAUUCGGGACUUCUGGCCUAUUAGGGCGUGAACUCCAGGGCAUCUGCUGUCUUCAGAAUCCCUGAUUCGUGUAGGGAUGGGACCUAAUUAAGGUAAAAGGCUAAUUGUGCCCUUUCCAAUCCCACGUCAGGAGGAAAAAUCCCAUAUCCGAGAUAUUAUACCCUAUGGCACAGAGAAAACCUCUACCCGCAUAUAUUAAGAAUGCGAACCUGUUUCUUGACUUGGUUCCCCAACCUGGGGAUUCCCGUAGGUUUUGAGAAAAUUGCAUCAAGAGGUUGGGUGGUCACCUUCACCAUACUAAUGCAUAGGCAUUUAAAGCUUAAAAAAAAAUAAAUAUGGAGGUAAUAUUAUCUAUUGAUUUAUAAUAUUGAAAAUAAAUAGAGAAAUACUUUUUGCUUCAAAUAGAUUUAUUAACACUUAUAUUAACUUAAAAAAAUUAAAGGAGAGUUUAUUUUUUUCAAUAAUUGAGUAA